AAAUUGAGUCAUCAAUUAAUCACUACUGUCUGCGAAAGAGUAACGUAAGGCUACCUUCAUUAGGAUCUAUCUAGAGGAAGAGGAAGAGGAAACAUUAACAUGAAGAGAAGAAGUUCAAAUCGCAAUCGCAAGUAUUCGAAUGAUUACUUGUUCUACGAAAUAUUGGUAAAAAUCUUUACCACUCUAAAUGUUAUGGACCGUUCUCUAGUUGGCAUGGUUUGUAAAUCAUGGAACUUAGCUAGCCGUGACCCUUCACUUUGGAAGAAACUUGAUCUAACUACGUUAUGCACUAGGUGCUUUUAUGUACGUUUGAUACCAAUUAAUGUUUGGAUCGAUGAAUAUCCAAGCAAUAAAAUGACUCAAUUCUUGAAGUAUGCUUCAAGUUUGGGUGGUGGAAACGUAAGUACCAUAAUACUUAAUUAUUAUGUCUACUUGAGAGAUGAACAUUUAAUCUCCCUAGCUGAAAGGACUCCAAAUGUGAAGAGGUUAGUGCUACCGGUAUCAGGCAACAUAACAAAAAAUGGAAUAGAAAGUGCAAUGAGAUCAUGGAGAGGCCUUGAGUCUAUCACAAUUACCUCAAUAGUAAAUGAUAUUGCUAUAGAUAUUUUUGUUGCAAUUGGAAAAUAUUCUUUGAACAUCCUUAGGUUAAAGUUCACAUGCUACUUUGAUCUAGAUCAAGCUGAAGCCUUAGUGAAAUACACACCAAAUCUAAAGGAAUUGAGUAUUCGGAACAUUCUAGUAAACAUGAGAGGUUUAUGUCUUGUACUUAAUAGCUUGAAACAUUUGGAGGUGGUAAAUAUAUGCCAUAGUUUGAUUAUGGAUAAUUUAGAAGGUGGAUUUGAAAUAUAUGAUCCUAUUGAUCAUAUACUAAAAUAUGUGGAUGUCUCUUGUUUGAAAAAGCUUAUCAUUUGUGAAAAGAAUUCAUGCCUUAGAUGCAAGAAUGGAAGGAAGAAGAAUGUUUAUGAUUAUCGAACAAGUCUUCCAUAUAGACACUUGGAGGAUAUUUGGCGUGAAGAUGAGAUAAGCUCUCUUGCACAUUAAUUUCUCCUAUUCAAAUUUGUUGGGACAUUAAAUAAGUUUUACUUUAUUUUGUUGGGAUAAAUUUCAUUUCAUUUUGUUCCUUUCGAAUACCAUGUUUAAUUUUAUUCAAAUAAUAUCGAUAUAUUUGUGCUUUGCAUGUCUAGUAUAUAUGGCUGUUGAGAAAUACAUGUUUUUCAAGGUAUAUUUU